AAUUAGAAACCACCAAAAACAGUUGUGUUUACUAAAUUUUCAAAAUUUUAUGCAUAAAAUAAUACUUAAUUAAGUUUUUUAUUUUAAUAAUAUAGUUAUUUAAUAUUUAUAUUUUAUACUAUAAUAUAAUUAUUAUAGUGAUUUGUGUUAAUUACAAAAACAGAAAUUUAUAGUUUUGUUCUUUAAAAAUAUCACAAAACAUGGAUUAUGAUCAUUAUAUGCAAUUCAUGAAAGUCGUACAAGUUGCCAACUAUUUUGGUUACUUAAACGCUCCAAAAAAGGAUAGAAGAUACUGGAUCCAUCCAUUUAAUCAAACACGGGAAGAAACACGAAGGUUUUUGGAUUUUUAUGAAAAAAUUAGACUGAAUUCUGAUAAAUUUUUUACAUAUUACCGUAUGUCAAUUGCUUCAUUUGAUGAGCUUAUGAUAAAAAUUCGACCUUACAUCACCAAACAAGAAACGACAUUUCGAAGUCCAAUAUGUGCUGAGGAAAGACUUACUCUAACAAUCAGAUAUUUAUCAAUUGGUACAAAUUUCGUUGCACUACAGUAUGAAUUUCUGUUGGGUAAAAGUACCAUAAACAUAAUUAUACGAGAGACUUGUCAAGCUUUAUGGACCAUUUUGCAACCAGAAGAAAUGCCUGAACCUAAUAGUAAUCAAUGGUUAGAUAUAGCAAAUAAAUUUUAUAUGAAAACGAAUUUUCCCAAUUUAGUUGGAGCUGUAGAUGGAAAACAUAUUCGCUGUAUUAAUCCAAAAAAUAGCGGGACCAUGUUUUUUAACUACAAACAUUUUUUUUCUAUUCUUUUAAUGGCUGUUGUUGAUUCAGAAUAUUGUUUUGUGUCAAUUGAUGUUGGGGCGUAUGGUCGAGAAAGCGAUUCUACAGUAUUUAAGGAUUGUCCGUUUGGAAAAAAACUUUAUUCGAAUCAAUUAAAUCUUCCAGCCCCCGCUUGUUUACCAAAUACAACCGAUUCUCCGCAACCUUUUGUCAUCGUUGGAGACGAAGCUUUUGGGUUGCAUAAAAAUUUAUUAAGGCCAUAUCCAGGACGUGGUCUUAACGCAACAAGAAGAGUUUUUAAUUAUAGACUGUCUCGCGCUCGAAGAUUAGUAGAAUGUGCCUUUGGUAUUCUUGCUAAUAAAUGGAGAGUUCUACACAGUCCGCUUUUAGUUGAACCAGACUACGCUGACGACAUAAUUAAAGCUUGUUGCAUACUUCAUAAUUAUGUACGAAGAAGAGAUGGCUACAAAUUUGAAGAUACUCUUUCUAAUGUCCUGGAGGACUUUGGAAAUGGCGGUGUUGCAGGAGCUCGUCUAGAAGGUACACAAGUACGCGACUAUUUUGCAGACUAUUUUAUGGGCGCUGGGUCGGUACCCUUUCAAUCGAGGUUUUCUUACUAA